UACAUCAUUUUUAGGAGGAGAGUCUCUCCUCUGUGGGAUCCUCUAAACUGUAAUUAUUUAUGGCAUAAAACCAGCCUGUGUGGUCGUUUGUUAGCCCGUGGUCCACUUGGUACAGUAACAGAAGCUCGAUCUGCAAAGUUUGGGGAAGGACUGUGCAAAAACGCUGCUAUACGCGAAUUAAUAGCCUGUCCCUCUUCAUGUCUGUGCAGUUUUUCCUCCGCUACAGGUCGCAAUGGUUACACUGCAUCGCUCCUGGAACAGCGGUGAUAGCUGCUGUAACACAGAGAAGGUCUAAUUGCCGGACUUUGUGCUGGUGCAGGCUACACGUGAGUCGGAAGCUGUUUCUCGCCGGAGGCGCGCCUGCGCUCUAACCACAGCUCCGACGGCUUUGCAAAGUGGCAGCUCAGGAAACUAUAGAUAUCAGUCUGAGGCGCAGCUCCACCGGAGGACACGCACUGUACAUCAUCUCCCCUUAGUCGUCCUUGUGUGGAUAGUGGAAUAACAAACAUUACUCCAAGAAUCUCAGGAUAAGCAGCAACAGAGACGCGAUGGAUGAAAGAAUACCGCAUUUACAGGACAGGCAGUUCAUGGAGCACGCAGAUUUCUUGGGGGUGGAUUAUCCUUCUCUCUACAUGUGCAAAUCCAAGAGAGGAAUAAAACGGGAGGACGGUGGGAAGGACGCAUACAAGUUACCACACCGGUUGAUAGAGAAGAAGAGGAGAGACAGAAUUAACGAAUGUAUUGGGCAACUGAAAGAUUUGUUACCCGAACAUCUGAAGCUGUCGACGCUCGGGCAUUUGGAGAAAGCAGUUGUCCUGGAGUUAACAUUGAAACAUUUAAACGCUCUGACUGCUGUCACUGAGCAGCAGCACCAAAAGAUUAUUGCUUUGCAGAAUGGGGACCGACCGAUGAAAUCUUCCAUUCAUGCAGAUCUGGAUGCGUUCCACUCCGGGUUCCAGGCCUGUGCCAAAGAAGUCCUGCAGUACCUGAGUCAGUUUGAGAACUGGACCACAAGCGAGCAGAGGUGCGCGCAGCUCAUCAACCACCUUCACAAAGUGUUGGCGCAGUUCCAGCCCGGUGCACCGUCACUCCAGCACCAGCUGCCUGUCGAGGACGCACGGGAUGGGCAGAAAGGUGACAGCCAAGCCAACUGUGUCCCGGUCAUCCAGAGGACCCAAGGCGGGGAGUUUAACGAGAAUGACACAGACACGGACAGUGGAUAUGGCGAAGCUGAAAAGGGCGAUGGCAAAGAUAAAGAAUGCGAGCGCAAUAAGGUGCAGGGACCCAAGACAGUGAAGAUCAAGCAAGAGUUUGGAGAUGAUCGCGCUGCCAAAAAGCCAAAGAUGAACUGGUCUGGGAACGGGUUAGGGGGCGUAGACCCCACCAGGCCUGAUCUGGCCUUUAUGAACUCUCUGAUUGGAAUAAGCAGUGUGGGACAGCAGACACCAAUUUGCAUGCCUUUCUACUUCAUCAAUCCCUCGGCCGCGGCGUCUUAUAUGCCUUUCUUUGACAAAAGUAACAUUGAAAAGUGCAUGUACCUGUCGCUUUCCCCGGCUUGUCUGCGCACUUUGGAGCCUCUUUUCAGUCCAAGGACUCCCACUCUCCAGACAGCGACGGUUUUUGUGAAUAUACCACAAAAUAUAUCGGCGGGGCCCGCGCCAUCGGCUGUCGCUGUCCCCGGCUUGUCUGCGCACUUUGGAGCCUCUUUUCAGUCCAAGGACUCCCACUCUCCAGACAGCGACGGGUCACACGAGGCUGACACAGGCUCACCUGAGGAGCGCGAGGAAAGUCCCGCGAGUGACGAAGGGGAGGGUGACGUAGGUGAUACGCCCCCGGAGAGCAAGUGUCCCGCACAUGAUCAGUUCACUGCUUGUCAGACGAGUUAAUCCGGCUGUGUGAAUUUGCUGAAGAGUUUUGUGCAUUCAUUUUUAAACAAUCACGCAAAUUUGAAAAACGAGACUUCGCAGAGGAGGUUCUCGUGUAUAAUAUCUUGGUGUGACAAGGGGCAGUUGUGACAGCACGUGCCUUUUGCACCUAUGAUAGAUUAAUCAAUCUGAAUGAUUAUCGACAAUGAUUGACUCUAGAGUUGCCCUGGAGUUUUUUUUAAUCCUCUUUGAUAACAUACUUUGAAAUGGCAGCAUUGGUGCCAAAACUUUGAGUACUACAGCAACGCGCAAUACCCCAAUCAGAGAGGCUCUUUGGAUGUAUGCAGUUGCAACUGACCUCUGCCAAGGUUAUUAAGAGGUUGGCUGACUCUGACUGUAAAUAUUAUUACCUGGGAGACAGUGUGAUUCAUUAAUGUAUAACGUGCACUAAAUGGGCCUGUAAAAGAAGUGCUCCUAAAAGUGUAACGCCUACAGUACCUCAUCCCAGCUUUGCAUUGUAGGCUUAUUUUGAGGCACAUCAUUGUCCCUCCAGAAGAACUGAAUGGUACCGCCCUCCCAACACACACCAUUUUCAUCACUAACCACAAAUACUAAAAUCAGCUACUUUAACAAUCGGAUAUAAUAAUGAGAGAAAGGGGAAAGGUAUUUAAUCUUGAUUUCCCUCAUUUCACCUUCCCAAAUCCGAGUUUGCUCUGGUCCUUUAAAUGAUUGUUUUUGUGAGGAAAGAAAAAAAAAAUCACUGAAAUCAUUAAGAAUAAUGGAAAUGCAAAACCUUCUUAAGGGGCUGCCUGACCAACAUACUGUACCUCUCCUGAAUGAAGUAUUUCAGCACCGAGAUGCAGUAACUCUCGGUACCUCCAGGAAACAUUGUAGGAUAGCACCUUAUAGAUCUUUGAUAUUGAAUGUACCUGUACUUUCCCAGUUGUUAAAGUUUGUAUAUUGGAUGAUCUUUAUUCUUUGAGAUGUAAAGUGCACUUUUUCUGCUUUUAUCUCCCCCCAGCUGUCACAUUAUAAUUUCAAAAGUUAAGCGCUGUACAUCUCUUUGUGUUGAUUUGUCUUGAAACAAAAAUUAUAUAUAUAAUAUAUGUAUGAUUUUAUUUCAAAAGAGCAGAACAGAGAUACCGGGUGCUUGUGACGAUUCCAUGCAGUAAAGUGGUAAGUAAUUUGUCCAAAUUUAACAAAACAGUGCUCCUUUCUAGUUCUUUCAAAGCAAAAGCAUCACUACACGCCAGACUAUCCAUUAUUCUGCAUUAUAUGCUAUCAUCAUGGAAAACCUCACUUUUCAAAUAUUUGACAAAAGUGGGAAAGAAAACUGUGGUCAUGUCAUGACGCCAACAGUUUUGUCAUUUUAGGAACUUUGGCCUGUUUUCUGAGAAUUCAAAUCCUGCAAGCGUAGGGCUGUUCAGCUUUUUAAAGUUCCCCACUGAUUAAACGAAUGAUUUUCGUUGUUGCAUUGUAUCGUUUUGCAUACAUGACAUUGCUUUUGUAGUUUCCUUCAGCUGGUUUCGCCUAAAGUCUCUUAUCAGCUGUUAUAUAAAGUGGCAUGUGUCUGUAAAUAGUUUUUGUGAAUAUACCACAAAAUAUACAUGUCUGUCAAUGUUGUAGAAGUCCAUGGAUUUUUUUUUUUAAAGAUUGAACUAAGCAACUGUUGCACAUUCCGUUAAUGCUUUACACAUAUGCUGUUCUAAAUUAUUGCUGAUGAGUUGUAAAAUAAAUAUCAAAGCUAAACUCCUCAGGCGUCUUAUUUAACACAGAUUCUGUACAUGUUUACAAUCUCAUACUAUUGUGUGAAUCUGUUCCAAUAAAUAUCUACCUGUAAUAUUUAGGUCAUGGCGAACAUACAUGAUGUAAGACACCAAGAACUACAAGCAAGCUGCUCAGAAUUAGUGUCACUAAUAGCUUUUGUGAAUAAACAGUACUGAAAGUCAAGCAGAUAAAAUGUUUCGUUUCCAACACUGAAUCAGGUGACAGGUCACAGCAGAAGAAUGUAUAGUAAGCCAAGGCUUUUAACACGUCUUGUGAUAAAAGAUGAUGAAGUGAGAUUACCCCCAGUCUGUAGUGGCUGAUGAAAAGCAAGGGGCCCCUCCCAGCUAGUCAAAAGCUUUAAGCAAGAUCAAAUCCAGUCCUUUGUUGUUACAGUAACCGGCUUAAUGUAAUUAUUUUAAUCUUUGUGCAAAAUCACAUCACACUUGGUACUAAAUUACCCAUGCUUUCUUGGCUUGACCUUGGCAACAUAUAAUUAGUGCAACAGCAUGCACGUUGCAACCCCUUUUCCGUAAACUUACGGUUUGACGGAACAAGGACCUUUAUUCUUCACUUUGUAUUUCUCAGUUCAAACUACAAUAUGAUUUCUUCUUUUGUAUCUUCAUUCACUGGUGAGAGCAACUUUGAAAGCAGAUACCAGAUGCCAUUC